AUGAGUAGUGCUAAAGCCAUUGGCACACCAAUGAGUCCUUCAACGAGUCUUGGCAAAGAUGAACAGGGAAAUUCUGUUGAUGAAACUAAAUAUCGUGGAAUGAUUGGCUCCCUUCUUUAUCUAACUGCUAGUCGAUCAGAUAUUAUGUUUAGUGUUUGUAAAUAUGCCAAGUUUCAAUCAGCUCCUAAAGAAUCACAUCUGACUACAGUAAAGAGAAUUAUUCGAUAUCUCACUAGAACAAUUUCUCACGGAUUAUGGUAUCCAUGCUCUAACAAUUUUAAACUAGAAGGAUUUUCAGAUGCUGAUCUUGCAGGUGAUAAGGAAGACAGAAAAAGCACCAGCAGAACAUGUCAAUUACUUAGAAAAGCACUGAUAUCUUGGAACAGUAAAAAGAAAGGAUUAGUUGCACUAUCCACAACUGAGACUGAAUAUAUCGCCAUUGGACAAUGUUCUGCAAAACUAUUAUAG